AUAUCAAUGCAUGGAAUGUGGAAAGAGCUUCAGUCGCAGUGACGGACUGUGCUCCCAUCGAAGGACGCACACAGGGGAGAAGCCGUAUAAAUGCAUAGAAUGUGGAAAGAGCUUCAGUCACAGUCAUACUCUACAUUCCCAUCUAAGGACCCACACAGGGGAGAAGCCAUAUAAAUGCAUGGGAUGCGGAAAGAGCUUCAGUCACAGUCGCAAUCUACGUUCCCAUCAAAGGACGCACACAAGUGAGAAACCACAUGAAUGCAUGGAAUGUGGAGGGAGAUUCAGUCGCAAUGACAACCUACGUUCCCAUCAAAGGACGCACACAGGGGAGAAGCCACAUAAAUGCAUGGAAUGUGGAGGGAGCUUCAGCCGCAGUGAUAUUCUACGUUCCCAUCUAAGGACCCACACAGGGGAGAAACCAUAUAAAUGCAUGGAAUGUGGAGAAAGCUUCAGUCAGAGUGGCAGUCUACGUUCCCAUCAAAGGAUCCACACAGGGGAGAAGCCAUAUAAAUGCAUGGAAUGUGGAAAGAGCUUCAGUCAGAGUGGACAUUUGCAUUUCCAUCUAAGGACCCACAUAGGGGAGAAGCCACAUAAAUGCAUGGAAUGUGGAAAAAGCUUCAGUCGCAGUGGCAAUCUACGUUCCCAUCAAAGGACACACACAGGGGAGAAGCCACAUAAAUGCAUGGAAUGUGGAAAAAGCUUCAACCACAGUGGCAAUCUACGUUCCCAUCAAAGGACGCACACGGGGGAUAAGCCAUAUAAAUGCAUGGAAUGUGGAAAGAACUUCAGUCACUGUCAACAUUGGUAUCGCCAUCAAAAUACCCAUGCAGGCAAUGAGAGACAAGGACAUGGAAGGGGUAAAGGGAUGCUACAGGAAAGGAGAAAGCUAGAGCAGAAGGAAAACGAGGACAGCACCCAAACGGAUGAAGAAAGAGAGAAAGAUGAUGAAGAAGUGGAAUAAGAAGAUGAAAAAGCGGGGGAAUAGACUAAAAAAUUAAGUAAC